UUAAUCUGCUUUUAGCCUAGGGCUUGCUCUUUAGCUUUCUGGGUAUUUUGGAAUUUCUUGAUCUUGUCAAGUAUUUCAUGAGAAAUCUUGGUUUUUAGUUCGACCCGGAUCCGACCCGGUUUCAAGAAAAUGGAUCACAGGGUCUCUUUGAUCUCAGCUUCUGUUCUUGUUUGCUUCAUUUUGGUGUUCAACAGCUUGUUAAAAGUUAAUGGAAAUGCUGAAGGUGAUGCUUUGAACGCUUUAAAGACUCAAUUAGGCGAUCCGAAUAAUGUUCUUCAAAGUUGGGAUGCCACACUUGUGAAUCCGUGUACUUGGUUUCAUGUUACGUGCAAUAAUGAGAAUAGUGUUACGAGAGUUGAUCUUGGAAACGCAAACUUAUCAGGUCAACUGGUUCCACAGCUUGGUCAACUCACUAAUUUACAGUAUUUGGAGCUUUAUAGUAAUAAUAUCACUGGAAGAAUUCCUAAUGAGCUUGGGAACUUAACCAACUUAGUGAGUUUGGAUCUUUACCUCAAUCGACUAGACGGUGGGAUUCCAGAUACCUUGGGCAAGCUCCAGAAGCUCCGUUUUCUUCGUCUCAACAACAACACUUUGACGGGAACGAUUCCAAUUAUAUUGACUACUAUAACUUCACUACAAGUACUUGAUCUGUCACACAACAAUCUAACCGGAGACGUCCCGAUUAAUGGUUCCUUUUCUCUGUUUACACCUAUCAGUUUUGAUGGUAAUCCCUUCCUGAAAGCUCUCCCAGUAGCUCCUCAAGCUCCAACUCCACCAAGUUCCCAAUCUCCUUCUGUCGGGAACAGUGCCACUGGUGCCAUUGCUGGAGGAGUUGCUGCUGGUGCCGCUCUCCUAUUUGCAGGUCCUGCAAUUGCACUUGCUUGGUGGCGACGCAGAAAGCCACAGGAUCAUUUCUUUGAUGUACCUGCUGAAGAGGAUCCCGAAGUUCAUUUAGGGCAAUUGAAGAGGUUUUCUCUUCGUGAACUACAAGUUGCAACUGAUAAUUUCAGUAAUAGACACAUUCUUGGACGAGGUGGUUUUGGUAAAGUUUACAAAGGACGCCUCGCGGAUGGUACUCUGGUAGCUGUAAAAAGGCUCAAAGAAGAAAGAACUCAAGGUGGAGAAUUGCAGUUCCAAACAGAAGUUGAAAUGAUUAGUAUGGCUGUCCAUCGAAAUCUACUUCGGUUGAGAGGAUUUUGCAUGACACCCACUGAGCGGUUACUUGUUUAUCCUUAUAUGGCCAAUGGGAGUGUGGCGUCGUGCUUAAGAGAGAGACCUGACACACAAGAACCACUUGAUUGGCCAAUCCGGAAGCGAAUUGCAUUAGGGUCUGCAAGAGGACUCGCUUAUUUGCAUGAUCAUUGUGACCCAAAGAUCAUUCAUCGUGAUGUCAAAGCUGCAAAUAUUUUAUUGGAUGAAGAGUUUGAAGCAGUAGUUGGAGAUUUCGGGUUGGCUAAGCUCAUGGACUACAAAGAUACUCAUGUCACAACAGCUGUUCGUGGGACAAUUGGACACAUAGCUCCCGAGUACCUAUCAACUGGGAAAUCUUCAGAGAAAACAGAUGUUUUUGGAUACGGUGUGAUGCUUCUUGAGCUCAUAACUGGUCAAAGGGCUUUUGAUCUUGCUCGACUUGCCAAUGAUGAUGAUGUCAUGCUGCUUGAUUGGGUGAAAGGGCUUUUGCGGGAAAAGAAGUUGGAGACGCUAGUCGAUGCUGAUCUACAAGGUAACUAUAUAGACGAUGAGGUGGAACAACUAAUACAAGUAGCACUUUUGUGCACACAAGGAACUCCAUUGGAGCGUCCCAAAAUGUCAGAAGUUGUCAGAAUGCUGGAAGGCGACGGGUUAGCAGAGAGAUGGGAGGAAUGGCAAAAAGAGGAGAUGUUUAGGCAAGAAUUCAAUACCACUCAUAAUCCAAAUACUGAUUGGAUUAUUGCAGAUUCAACUUACAAUCUUCGUCCUGAUGAAUUAUCUGGUCCCAGAUGAUCGAUCCAUCAUAUUUGAUUCGGGUUUCGAGUUUUGAAGUUGUAUCUUUAUGGAAACUGAGAUUUUAUCAUCAUUGUGCAUAUGAAAAUUCUUGUCUUUUAUUUUUUGUUUGUAUUCACCUAAAGAUACUGGGGGUGAAUUGUGUCUAGAGUUUUUGGUCUUUAUUUGUUGUUUUAAUUGUGUCUAUAGAUUGGAAGGUGGGAGUAAGAAUUUUCAGGUGCAAAGUAACCCCAAAUGUCGUCGAAACAUGUUCCUUAUGUAGUAAACCAGAUGAAAAAAAAUAAAUACUUUUCGUUGGUAUUCUUUA